GGCCUGUCCCGUCCCGGUGCCGCCAUGACGCUCCUCGCCGCCGGCAGCCGGGCGGCCGCGCGCCUCCGCGGGCCCAAGAACGCACCGUGUGUCCUCUUGGCCGCCCGCCACGCCAGCGCUGCCACGAACCUCAAAGAUGUCCUGGCCACCAUGAUCCCCAAGGAGCAGGCGAAGAUCAAGAGCUUCCGGCAGCAGCACGGCAGCACGGCCAUCGGGCAGAUCACCGUGGACAUGGUUUAUGGCGGGAUGAGGGGCAUGAAGGGACUGAUCUACGAGACCUCUGUGCUGGAUCCUGAUGAGGGCAUCCGCUUCCGCGGGUACAGCAUCCCCGAGUGCCAGAAGAAGCUGCCCAAAGCCCCAGGGGGAGAGGAGCCGCUGCCUGAGGGGCUCUUCUGGCUGCUGGUGACAGGAGACAUCCCUACCCAGGAGCAGGUGAGCUGGCUGUCCAAGGAGUGGGCCCGGCGCGCUGCUCUGCCCUCCCACGUGGUGACCAUGCUGGACAACUUCCCCACCAACCUGCACCCCAUGUCCCAGCUGAGCGCGGCCGUCACCGCCCUCAACAGCGAGAGCAAGUUCGCCCGCGCCUACGCCGAGGGCAUCCACCGCGCCAAGUACUGGGAGUUUGUGUACGAGGACGCCAUGGACCUGAUUGCGAAGCUGCCGUGCGUCGCCGCCAAGAUCUACCGCAACCUGUACCGGGAGGGCAGCGGCAUCGGGGCCAUCGACCCCAACCUCGACUGGUCCCACAACUUCACCAACAUGCUGGGCUACACCGACCCCCAGUUCGUCGAGCUGAUGCGGCUCUACCUCACCAUCCACAGUGACCACGAGGGAGGGAACGUGAGUGCCCACACCAGUCACCUGGUCGGCAGCGCCCUGUCUGACCCGUACCUCGCCUUCGCCGCCGCCAUGAACGGCCUGGCCGGGCCCCUGCACGGCCUCGCCAACCAGGAGGUGCUGCUCUGGCUGACUGACCUUCAGAAGGAGCUGGGCAAGGAGGUGUCAGAUGAGAAGCUGCGUGAUUUCAUCUGGAACACGCUCAACUCAGGCAGGGUGGUGCCGGGAUAUGGACACGCGGUGCUGCGGAAGACGGACCCUCGCUACACCUGCCAGCGGGAAUUCGCCCUCAAACACCUGCCCAAGGACCCUCUGUUCAAGCUCGUGGCUCAGCUCUACAAGAUCGUCCCCAACGUGCUGCUGGAGCAGGGCAAGGCCAAGAACCCCUGGCCCAACGUGGACGCCCACAGUGGGGUCCUACUGCAGUACUAUGGGAUGAAGGAGAUGAAUUACUACACGGUGCUGUUCGGGGUGUCCCGAGCCCUGGGCGUCCUCUCUCAGCUCAUCUGGAGCCGGGCGCUGGGAUUCCCCCUGGAGCGGCCCAAAUCCAUGAGCACCAAGGGCCUGAUGCAGCUCGUGGGCUACAAAUCCGGGUAAAGAAGGGACGGGGACAGGGCCGCGGCCUGUGCUCCCCAGGGAACAUUGCGCUGCCGGGCCCGGCCCGGACGCCCUCGGCACUGAACCCCCCCCGGGCACCGGCCGGGGGCUCCUCGGGGUCAGCGGAGCCCCCCCGGCUGCUCCCCCUCCCCUGCCCCACCCCUGGCUCUCCCCACCCGUGUGAGGUGAGGGGGGUCUCCUGUGCCCCCACCCCACCCCAGCAGCACUCACUGCGCACACUGGGAGCCCCCCGACUCCCCACACACUGGGAGCCCCCCGGCUCCCCCACUGCUGGGCUGGGGGUGGUCCCGGUGAGGCCGUGGGGGGGCACAGCCCCCCCCUGAGAGGGUUCAGUCCAGACUCGUGUCCAGGCCCUCCCACAGGGACUCGAUACACUCCUCCCCGGCCGCGCCCCCGUGUUUGUGUGACCCCCCCUCCCUGUCCGAAGCCCCCAGGAGCCAGAGCUGGGACCCCCCCAGCCCCCUCACAGCUCUUGGGCACUUCUGUACAAACAACAACAAAAUGCAAAAUAAAUGUUUUUAUUAACAAA